AUGCUCCUCCUCUUCUGCGUCUUGCUCGCACGCUACUCUUUGGCCACGUUCAGUGACAGGAGAGCGAGGAAGAGGGAGGCGCAGGCGCAGCUAGCCGACGAUGACGACGACAACCUUCUCCUACCGCCGCCUUCGCCUCCAGCUCUGCCCGUCCUGGGCCACCUCCACCUGGUGGGCUCGCUCCCGCACGUCUCCCUCCGCAGGCUCGCCAGGAAGCACGGCUCCGACGUCAUGCUCCUCCGCCUCGGCGCCAUGCCAGUGCUCGUCGUGUCGUCGCCGCGCGCGGCCGAGGCGGUGCUGCGCACGCACGACCGCGUGUGCGCGUCCCGGCCCUACUCCCUCGUGGCCGAGGUGGUCAUGUACGGGCCCUCCGACGUCGGCUUCGUGCCGUAUGGGGACUACUGGCGGCGGGCCAGGAAGCUCAUCACCACGCACCUGCUCACCGUCAGGAGGGUGCAGGCGCUCGGCAUCGCCCGCGAACAAGAGGUGAGCGACGUGAUGGCCAGGAUUGGCGAGGCUGCGGCGGCAGGAGCGGCGGUGGACAUGGGUGAGCUGCUCGGCUCGUUCGCCAACGACCUGGCGUGCCGCGCCGUGAUGGGCAAGUCCUUCCGGGGCGAGGGCCGGAACAAGCUGUUCCGGGAGCUCGUCAGCGACACCUCACCGCUGCUGGGCGGCUUCAACGUCGAGGAGUUCUUCCCGUUCCUGGCUCGCUUCGGCGUGAUCAGUAGGGCGGUCCGCGCCAAAUCCAAGAGGCUGAGGAGACGGUGGGACGAGCAGCUGGACAGGCUUAUUCAGGACCACGAGUCGAGUGUUCCCAGUAAUCCUAGCAAGGACAACGAGGUUGACUUCAUACAUAUUUUGCACUCCGUUCGACACGAGUACGGCCUCACCAGAGAGCAGAUGAAAGCUAUCCUGCUUGACGUGUUCUUGGGGGGAAUAGGGACAGGAGCUGCGGCACUCGAAUUCACCGUCGCUGAGCUCAUGCGGAACCCAGACGCCAUGAAGAAACUACAAGCCGAGGUACGGAGCGUUGUACCCAGGGGACAAGGGGCCGUCGUCAGCGACGACAACCUGCGCGACAUGGCCUACCUGAGAGCGGUGGUAAAGGAGUCGCUCCGGCUGCACCCGCCGACGCCGAUCCUGACGGCGCACUUCACCAUGGCCUGCUGCAGCGUCGACGGCUUCGCGGUCCCGGCCGGCGUGAGCGUCCUGGUCAACUCCUGGGCCAUCUCCACGGACGCGCGCUUCUGGGAGGACCCGGAGGCCUUCGCCCCCGAGAGGUUCCUCGACGGUGGCAGCGCGGCAGGCAUCGACUUCAGGGGGGCCGACUUCCGGCUCCUGCCCUUCGGUUCCGGGCGCAGGAUGUGCCCCGGGGUGAACUUCGGUGUCGCGUCGGUCGAGGCCAUGCUGGCCAACCUCGUGCAUCGCUUCGACUGGGAGUUGCCGCAGGGGAAGGCGGCGUGCGACAUCGACAUGGCUGAGGUGUUCGGCAUCGUGCUGCAACGCAAGCACAAGCUGCUCUUGGUUCCCCGACUGUUGGUGUAA